GAAAGGCGGAGCGGAGGCGGGGCUUGGGGCUGGUUGAGACUUUGGUGGGUAGGUGGGUGCAGACGGAGGGGACUACGGGUCGGCGUUGGGCUCAGUGCGCUUGAAACAAAGGACUAGCUGGUGGGGACUCUGCUCGACGCCUUCGGUGGGUAGCCGAGCCGCCGAUCGCGGCUUCACGGCCGACCAGUUCCCUCUCCGCGGCGGUCUCAGUUGGCUUCUCCUCGGUACUCCACAGCCCGCGUCGCGGCGGGGGCCCCGGAGCAGCAGCACCUGCUGCUGAGGGACCCCGCGGCCCGCCCAGCUGCUCAUGAUGGGGCUGAUCUUCGCUAAACUGUGGAGCCUCUUCUGUAACCAAGAACACAAAGUGAUUAUAGUGGGACUGGAUAAUGCAGGGAAAACCACCAUUCUUUAUCAAUUCUUAAUGAAUGAAGUGGUUCACACAUCUCCAACCAUAGGAAGCAAUGUGGAAGAAAUAGUUGUCAAGAACACUCAUUUUCUCAUGUGGGAUAUUGGUGGGCAAGAGUCGCUGCGGUCCUCCUGGAACACGUACUACUCAAACACAGAGUUCAUCAUUCUCGUUGUUGAUAGCAUUGACAGGGAACGACUAGCUAUUACGAAAGAAGAAUUAUACAGAAUGUUGGCUCAUGAGGAUUUACAGAAGGCUGCGGUCCUCAUCUUCGCGAAUAAACAGGAUAUGAAAGGGUGUAUGACAGCCGCUGAAAUCUCCAAAUACCUCACCCUCAGUUCCAUUAAGGACCAUCCGUGGCACAUUCAGUCCUGCUGUGCCCUCACAGGAGAAGGGUUGUGCCAAGGUCUAGAGUGGAUGACCUCCAGAAUUGGUGUGAGAUAACUUUUUUGCUCGGAAGAGACUGCUGUAUUUAUUCUGUGACAUGAACAUUUUUUCCUAGUACCUUUGGCUGCUAAGGCAGCAGCAUGUUUAAUUUAUAACAACACAAACCUCUGUGAGCAACACUUGAAUCAAGUGCAGCUGAACUGGAACAUAAAAGACUUUUUCGUAACUUUUUUUUUAAUGCACUAAUCUUCGGUUGGAUCAACACUAAUGUAUAACUAUGUUUUCAGCAACAGAAUUUUUCUGACUGCUUAUUCUAAUUAAUCAAUGACUGCCUUGUAAGAAAUGUUUGUCAUAUGUUUAAUGUUUUCUGAAGUAUUGUAAUAACUUUAAUGACCAAGUUCUUUCAUUUCUUUACUACCCCUCCCCCACCAGAUAAUUAGUGGUUUGACAAAGCAGUAGUGGAAAUCAUUGGGUACUCCUUGCAAACUUAACCAGCACUAAAUAUUUGCUCUCUCUAUAAACCACUUAUCUUUUGGACACAGCUUAUUAUAGAGAAAGAAAUCUGCCUAGAAAAUAUAUGUAACAAAGAUUAAACAUCAUAAGAGCUGCUUUCAAAUGAGUUAGCUUCCCCUACAUUAUUGCAAAUCAUGGUAUAAUUUUAAGUUUCUAUUAGCAUGGAAAUUAAAUUGACUAUUUGUCCAAAGGAAUUAAGUCCACAUUUCUGCCUAUAACAUGGGAUUAUUUUUGGUGAAAAGCUAAUCAAGGUAAAAUAUUUAUUUGAAAGCCCUACUUCGAUGAUAAAUAUUUUGAAUAAAUCUGGUAUUUUAAGAAUGGCACAUUAUUCAGUGCAUAAGUAAAUACUGCAAGUUAUUAAAGCAUACCAGCACUAAUAUUAAAACCAGACAGUUGGAAUAUAUUUUGCUAUCAAUUACAAAAAAAAACUUUAUUAUCAGCCUAAAGUUCACCUGUCCACUUGCAAGGGACAUCUCAUCUGCUUUGGGCAAUAGCUAAAGCACAGUAUAAAGAGUUUAGUUUAUUUCUUAAAAUUUGAAAUGGUGUCUGUAAUAGUGUUAUUACCACCAGCAGUACGUUACUUUAAAGAACCGGAUGGCUCUCCUUAAGUCUGUUCGAGGCUGCAGUAUAAUAAGCUUGAAACAAUUGCCAUCUUUAUUGUUAUGCCUCGUGUUUUGAAAUUUUUUGCUGGAGUAUAGGAAACUGCUGUAUUUAAUUCUGGCUUUUAGGAUAAUACUGUGAAAUACAAAGUUAUGCUAACAACUUAAAAAUAGGAAAAAAGUCAUAAUCUAGCAAAAGUUUGUUGGCUAGUAUUAAAACAUUUUCAAGGCAGUUAUCAACUAUGAACAAUAAUCUUAAGCAGUGCACUCCUUGAGAAGGAGGACAGGUAUUUAAUUUUAAUCCUUUUUAUCUUAAAUGUAUGAUUUUGCUAUAAUAAAAGGGAUAAAAUACAUACGUAGGGAAUAAUACUUCAUCUUUGCAGUAUUUUUUUCCCCAUUUGGGUCAAAAAUAGGAUUCAGUGUUCUUUAGAAUAUCAAAAUACCUAUUCAAAAGUGGUAUUUUAAUUCUAAUUUUUUUUAUUGUUAAGUUGGUUUAAGUUCUGGUCUCUUUUCAGGUACAUUUGAUUUAUUCUACUUAGUCUAAUUAAUUUAGUUGAAUAUGGCAACAAUUUUUCUGAUUUCUGUUCCUAGAAAUGAAAAAUGGCCAUAUGAGAGCUUUUGGACUUUGAGAACUAGUUGUUUAUUAACCUUGUUUUGAACCUUUUUCUUAGUGAUCCUACCAAGUACAGGAUAAAUUUUGUUUUUAAUAUAAUUCAUAAUCAAGAACCUGAGAGAAAACAGACAAAUCAAUAUGGAUGCCUUUGUGGUGCGUAUGUCACAGUGAGAAUAAGAAUUACGAAAAUACUAUUUACCCAGAGCCCACCUAGCCAGAAUUUUUCUCUCGGUUCUGUAGUUUAGCUAUAAAUACUGAGAAUAGUUCUCCUAACUCUGUCCUGAGGAAAAAUAUAUUAAUAUUCCUGUAUAUGCUUUUACUUUGAAAUUUAUCUUAUAUCUAAUAAGAUUGGCUGGCUCAAUUUUCUCUUACCAGAUCAUAUGGUUAUUUUCUAUAUUACCACAUCAGCAUUAUAUUAAAGUGAACAACUAGCAUAGAAUCAAGUUUGCUAUUUAAUUUUUAAAAUAUAGUUUAUUUUAUUUUUAAAUCCUUUUUGAAAAACACUUUGUUUUGGAUUAGAAAUAAUUUAUGUUAGCUGUGUGUUGACAGUGAAAUUGGCAUUCAACCAGAUUUUGUGCCAACAAUUGGGAAGUUCAAUUAAGAAAUUCAUGUAGGAUUUUUUAAAGUAUUUUAUAGGUUCUCAGUAGAUAUUUCCUGUUACAGUAAUAUGAAAACUGAUUACCCUUUACUCCAAGAGAAUGGUUUGACCCAAGCAUGUAUUUAAUGCUAAAGCUUUGAUUCUCACAUUCAUUAUAACUCAACCACCUGUAAGACAUUGUCUAACGAAAGUGUAAUUUGUGAUUAGUGCCUUUAUUCAUAUUUUGAUAUGAGUUCUCAAUUUUGUACUAUACUUGUUCUGCAGAAGUCAAAUUAACAACUAAUUAUCAGUGGUAUAAUUUAAGUUUUACCCUCCCCAUCAACCCUUCAGUUGCCUAGCAAAGUUUAUAGUUAAUGGAAAGCAAGGGACCUACCCACAUUCGUUUAGGGAGAUUAUUCUACGUUUUGUUUUUAAUUUGAAUAUAAAGAAACUAAAAUUUAUCUUUUAAACAUGUUACAACUAAAAUGUAAUUGCCAUAUGUGUGUGUGUAAGUUCAAAUUGGGCACUUUUCUUAAUUUUGAAAAUGCUGUGUUCAUUUUUAAACCCACUUCUUAUAAAAGCCCACUUGAGAACUCUUUUAGAAUUAACAGAUUCUUUUAUAUGGGGAUAUACUGCACAUUUUGUAUAGUAUAAUUUAAUUUUUUUAAUCUAAAAUAAUAUAUAUCUAUAUUCUAUUGAAAAAUUGAUUUAAAUACAUAACUUUUGCUUUUAGGUCCUAUGUUAGUAUGCUUAAAGGUAUGAUUUUAAUCUAUUUUCAUUGGAAGAAAGAUAAUAAAUUUGGGUUUUAUUGUUAAAAUAAUUUUACACGUAUACCACCUCUAUAUCCAUAGUCAUCUUAAUUAAACAUAAGUUAAUUUUCAUUAUCUUUAACAUAAAGAGAAAAAUAUAUAUUUUUUUCCUAUGGAAACAGUGAAUGAUAUAGGCAGCAGUGUAAACAAUAUUCUCCGAAAUGCUAUGGGGAAUCACAGGGCAAAAAAUUUCAAAGAAAAUAAAAUUAUUUAAAAAUUUUUGGUGCAGUAUCUUAGGAUAAAUUCGAAAUGAAAUUGUUUCUGACUACCGCUCCUGUAAUUCUCAACUAUGUAAAACCACAUCAGUGGAAAAAACAUACUGUUAUGCCUGUAGAUGGAUAUAUCCAUGGACAUUUAUGUUUGAAGACCAGUGUCAUGAGUCUUAACUUUUCAUCUAUGACUUUGAAUCCAAAAUAUUUCACAUCCAUUUCAGUUCUAAAAGAUCAUCUAUAUUUUGUCAGAGUAAGAUCAUUUCAAGGUACAGCAUGAUAAAGAAAAGGGAAAAAGGAAAGAAAAGAAAAACAAAAAGAUAUAGCAUGGUGACUUGUAUCUGGUAGAGUAUUUUUCUGGCUAUCUAAAGAAGUGGAUUUCCACCUCUUUAUCAUUUCAUUUAGUACAUGAAUACAAUCAAAUAAGAAAACAAACUAUCAACUAGUAAUGGCUACUCAACUUAAAUUGAGCUAAUAGCUAAUGGCUAUGCAAAAAUAAGCCAUACUAAGAGCAUGAUGGCAAGUUGCUGAUAAAACACCAGCAUCUGUUGGAAAUACUCUUUUCUAGAGAAUACCUCACUUAUUUUCCUGGCUUUCACUAACUAGAAGGGGUUAGUUUGUUCAGAGUUUAUUGACUAUGGUGUCUCAAACUGCAGUUCUGUUUGACUUUCCAGUAUUUCUGAAAGCAUAGUGUAGCCAGAAGGUCAAUAUUUUACAAACAUCUGUAUAAAGCUGAGAGUGGCUUGUAUUCAAAGUUAACAGGAUUGUUUUCUUUUUCCUCAGUAAUGUCUUCUCCUUAUUCAUUUACCAUCACUGUGAAGACUGAAAUCCAAAAGUCAGGUUCCCAAGAAGUAUUUUCUAAGAGUUCCAGGUGGCCAAAGCUAAAUAGAGAAGGCCAAUAAAAAAAAGAUAUUUUCAAGUAUUUUAUAUUUAAGGUAGAAAAAUUAUUGUGGUCAGCAGGCCUAAAAUCAGCUUUAAAUGUAUGUAGUUUGGUAAAAUGUUUUGGAAAUGUUAAUUUAGAGAAGUUUAGAGGCAUACCUACAAUCAAAAGUCCAAACACUUGAUAGUAAAGAUGAACAUGGAUAGAAAAAUCUUCGAAAGUACAUUAAAUAAUAGGAAAUUGGAAUGACAACAGUAAAUUUCCUCCUUUUAGGUCCUUAAAAUCAGGCACUAGAAAGUGCAGUCUUUUGCUGUAGAACUUAGGAUGUGACCAAAGGAUUGAAGACCCAUCAGGUUUUAAGAAUUUGAGAGUGUAGUCACAUAGAGGCAUCUUGCAUUUUUUAAAAUGACUACUCUGCAUUUUCUCUCAGAAGUGGAGAAAUAAUGUACCAUGUAUCUUUAGAGAACAAAGCUCUAGAAGAAAUGCUCUCUUGCACAAACUAGUACAAUUUUAAUUUAAAAAUUACCUCAUUUUUCAAUCCAUAAGGUGCUUUGCUCAAGUUUGUGGGAUGUGAUACCAUCCUAUAAAUACCCCUUCACCCAAACUAUUUGAAAUAUGCAAAAUUCACAGCUAAGGGAAGAGUAUUCCUUGGAGAUUUUGUUUCGGUUUAUUCUCGUUGAUCACCAGCAGCGCUAGCCUGGUGCAGCAGGUCUGAAUAUUGUCUUCAUUACGGCAAGUGCUCAGGCAACAUUUAAUUAGUUUGGUUAAUGUCAAAUAAGGGAAAGGAAAACCCUGAAAUCUGACCGAUAAUAUUAUACUGUGAACAUAUUUCUAUCUGUGUUGGUAAGAGGUCAAAUGACUUAUCAGUUGAUCUUCAUUAUGAAUAAUUUAUUUGCAUAUUUCCCUAUUCAUACAACACUUUAAUCAUAUCUUCUAACAUUAUUCCUCAGGACAUUCAAGGACUCUACAAACUGUUUUGUUCUCUUGGAGUAAACUGUUCAGUGUAGCUAUGAAAUAUUUAACUUUGGUUUUUUAAAAAAAUGUAGCCACUAUUUCAUUAAGGGUGUGAAAUAAAAUGGUUAUAUUUUUCCAACUAUUUAAUAGUUAAACAAAUUCUACCCUUUUCAUCUAUUGCACAGAACAUGGUUUAAAAAGAAAAAAAUUAAAGCAACCUUGCUCUUUCAUUUAUCCUAAUCAGAAUAUAAUGAAUAUAAUCAUGUUGCCAUCUUAAAAUGAAUUGGUGCUUUAGAGCAUUAAAGAGGAAACAGCAGGCCCUGUAUGAUAUACGUCUUCAGAAUCUAAAACUACUUUAAAAUGUCUGUAUUUAUAUUUGUGUUUAUUUUUUAAGGUUUACAUAUAAAUUGUUGUUAUUCUUCAAGCUUCAAGCUUUCUGCAAAAGCUAUAAUAACAUUUUAGCUAAUCAGGUGGGUCCGUAAAAGAUGGUAUAAUAAGACCAAAUGUAUGAAUGGGAUCUCUGUCAGUACCCUGGUUGAAAAGAGGGGGCAAAACAUGUCUUUCACACCAUAGACUAUAUGCUUCUUAACCUCAACUGAGCAACUGAAAUGUGUGCUAUUGGUCAAUUACAUAAGGAUUAUUUUUUGUGAAAGAAACAAAUUACUUAAUGCAAUUGACAUCACUUGAAAAUGGUUCAAAGCAUGUUCUUCUAAUUGUAGGUUGUUUAAAAGACAUGUUUUCAGUGUUUAAUAACUUCAUUCUUGUCAUAAAAUGCUUCUUUUGUAUGUUAAGUUUAGCUUGCUGCUACCCAUGAUCUUUUAUUUCUGCAAUUACGCUAUAAUGAAUUGGUUGCAUGUCUGCAAACCCAAGUAAAAGGAUGCUGUUUGCUCUGGAGUGUUCAUCUUUUAGACAAGUUUUGGCUCAUUUGCAAUCAUGGUGCAAUACAGUGUAACAGUCAUUUGUUUUCAGUCAACAGUUUUAUUUUUGUCAUAAUAAAAAUUACU